AUGAUCCUAUCAGUCAAGUCCGCCCUUGUCGGAGCCGGCCUCGCCUCCAUCGUCGCGGCAAACCCUCUCCCUCAGAUGGGCCCUUCGGGCGGCGGCACAAUAACCAGGGCACCCCCAUGGCGGCUCAACCCCUAUCCCGAAUACACCUCCUACUGUACAAGCACCACAACCAGGAUCUGGACGCAACAGUCGAUCCCCAUGCCGCCGCCGGACGUUAUAACCGUCACCAAUUUCGAGAAGCUGGAGCGUGAGUUGGUUCACAAAGCGGUCGACUGCGGCCCGGGCUGCGCCUAUGUCGAGCUCGCGAUGCAUGUCACCAACUUUGACCACCCGCAUCCGGGGUAUAUCGGCCCAACAGACUUCAAGUACGUCUUUAAUGAGCUCAAGUCGACGGUCACCUAUACGCACAUUCAUUGCUCAGGAUGGAAGGUUCCGCCCCCGAGACAUCAGGAUGCGAAGAAACGCGAGCUCGGAGGAGGAGCAGCGGACGAGUUGAUGGAGUAUGUCGAUUUCAAAAAUGAUUCGGGCGUCCUCUUCCAAGGAGAUGGAGACUGCACUGCUAGGGUCUUGCAGGUGCCUAAGCUGAACAUCGGCCCUACCCGCACCAUCUUCACCACCACCACCACGACCGACAGGAUCGUCAACUGCGGCACUUGUACCAACAACUCGCCUAUCCCUAUCCCUCUCGGCGUCCCUCCAGUCGCUGUAUUCAAGACGACAGUCACGGCCGUGGAACCAUAUACAGAGACAGAGCUCGUGUGCGGCACCCCCACAACUAGCACUUCGAUCGAAGAACCUGCCAAAGCAACCGCCACCACCACCACCUCUGUCAUGAAUACAAUCACAAAGGAGAGUAUCACCACCGUCACUGAGCCGAGUGAGCCCACUAUCACGUCGUUUGUAGAGACGGUGACGAAGAAGGGAGUAAAGACAGAGACAGCGCUUGUUUGCUCGGAGGAUAAGGAGUAA